AUGAACGCCACCGGCAUACUAAUCUCAGCGAUUAGGACUGCCGUAUCUUCCCUCAGGGCCAUUGCCAGUACCCUUGAGGCUGCCAUCAGCGGAUACGAGGCUGCUGCCCAAUCUGCACCUGUUCCCUCUGGCAUUUCACUCCCUUCCGUGGACUUGGAUUUGGAAGGGUCACUACUUUCUGCUUCUUCCGCUGGUUUCCCAUCUCAGGGUCUCUCAGCUUCUCGGGCCUCCAGCCACGACGACGUGGCUCAGCUUAUCACCUCUGCUCCUCCUGCUUGCCAUCAGCUUUGUGUUUCUAUCGGGGCUUCGGCGGAGGAAAGGUCGAGUCGGGUUCAGAGGGCGUGGGAGGCGGGACAUUGGGCUAAGGCCACACUUGAGGGCAUCAUCAACAAACCCAGGCCAACGCCAAAGUUGGCAAACCGGCCAACGGUCUACGUCAUCCUCAAGGCACCGGGCCUGGCUCGCCCUGUCAGGGUGUCUACUGCUGCUGAAUAUUUCAAGAUCAUUCCUCGCUUCACCGAGGGCAGUGAAAGUGUCUCUCACGCUUUCCCCUCCCUGGCAGAGGUUGCCCCCUUCACCCUGCGAGAUGUGAAGACCUUGGACAGAGGCCCUGCGCCCCCCUAUGUCAUCAACCUGCCAACACAGGAGACAGAGGGUGGCAUCACCAUUCCUGCAGUCGAAGCUCUUUGCAUCCCCAUCCUCUCUCGCCAGAAUGGACUUCUCCUGGCACUUCCCAUGGAUACUCUCCCCACGGAGGUCUUAGAAUCUCAGGAGCCUCCUUUGCCUCACGCCCUGAUUGGGCCAGCACGCGAGUUCGUGGUCCAGACAGCCAUGGACGACGAGAAUGGUCAGGAGAGAGAGUUGGAGAUGGAAAUGGGGGUUUUGGUGGUGGACUUCGAUGCAGCAGUCCUCACAUCCUUGCGAAUGUUCGACCCUGUGACAGAAGGAGAUGGCAUCCGGUUUUUCUUGGAAGGAGACAUGGAGGCUUACCCAUCUUCCCAGUCCUUGCUCAAAGCAGUCCAGGCCUGGCUAGAGGAAGCACACGAGGAGAGAGUAGCCUUUUACUCUGGCACAGAUGCAGAGGAGACAGGAGGAGUUCGAAGUAGCUUUGCAGUCUCAGGCAUCACUUCAGCAAUCAGCACCACACCAGAGAGAUUUUGGGGCCCAUCUUCAGAUGCCCCUCCACACAGCAGCCAGAGCAUGCGAGAGGACGAGCCAGCAGAACUUCCAGAGGAGCAGGAGCCCCCCAUAGAAGGAGCCGAUCAGGUGUCUCAGAUGCUGCUUCAGCAACAGCAAGCACUGAAUCUCCUGGUCUCCCAUAUAGCCAACCAGGAUGGGCUUCCAGACCUAGGGUCGACCUCUGCAGGUUCUUCUGCCAUUUCUUUGAAAGGCUCUGCAAGAAGGGAGAAGUUGCAAGCAGAGCUGGCAGCUCGAAAGGGGGGUUUCUUCCUCAAGAUAGCACAGAACGCUUUCCGAAGACUCAAACCCUCAGAUCCUGUUCCAGGAUCGAUCCAGGAGUUCCAGAAGAAGGCCAUCUUCACAAAAUACCUGGAGAGGCAAGGAGGAUACACGGGAUACCAACGAGAUUUGGGGCUGGUUAUGUGGCUUCUUUCACAUGUGGCCGACCAGAUGCUGGCAGGAGAUCAGGCAGGAGCGCAGGAGAUGCUGGCAUUAGCAAUGGUCGCUAUAGAACAAAGCGCCAUGGACGGGGGCAAGUGGGAGGUAGCAUGGAUUUUGUCCCUUCAGGAGGACCCUCCCACUCAGAUCUUCUCCCAUCGUCCCCAGCACACCAAUCCACGCCUUCGGGCGUUUGGCCCCCUAUGCCCGGCAGACUGGGGCGCGACAGCCCUGGCAUAUGUCAAGGAGCUGGACCUGUUGAACACCCGCAGGUCAGAGGCGCUCCCAAAGAAGCCAGGAGGAGGUCUACACAGGCAGGAGGACGAAGGUCAGGAGACAGCCAAGCCAAAGCAACCCCGAUACCCCAGGAGGUUGAUGAAGGCUUUCGGUAGCUCAGAUGAGACAUUUGCAGUCCCGUCGAGUGGCCGAAGAUCUACUUCACUGAUCGCACAGCUGUCAGACCUUUGCGAUUUUGUCACAUGGGAAGGGCUCGCAGGAGCCUCAUAUGAGCGAGGUUUUCAUGGUGCUGCAGGAGGUUUUGAAGCUAUGGCUCGAGUUCCCGUGAAGGUUGAUAGAGCUCCAGAGCUUACUCCAUACAGCAGGCUGCAGCCAGGCAGGCUGAAGAUCACCGGCAGUGGGAGGUGGGACCCUACUGAGUUUCUAGGGGACUCACUUUGGAUGGCGUUUUGCGAGCCUGAAUCUCUGCGGUGGUCUGACUCUUGCGUUUCACAAGACGUGCCAGAUCUUACAAAGGAGAGAUACGAAGAUGUCUUGGAGCUUAUGAAGAUCUGGGACGCAAAAGGAUUGCUUUUUAUUAGAGACAGCAUGCUUGAGGCUGAGGACUCGGGUUUGGCUAUGAGGUUUUUCAAUUGUCACAAGUCUGCUGAAGUUGACAGAAUGAUUGGUGAUCGCAGAGCAAGAAAUUUUGUUGAAGGGCGGCUUCCUGGUGUCUCAAAAUGCCUUCCCCCUGCACUGCUUCUUGCGGAUUUGGAAAUUUUGCCUCUGCACGAGAGGUUCUCGGUCUAUGUAUCGGAUCGAAAGGAUUUCUAUCACCAGUUCAAGGUCAGCCAUCAGCGGGCUGCCACGAAUGUUUUGUGGCCUCCCAUCCGUGCUGCAGAUUUGGCCAAGACGAGAGCCUUUGCAGCCUGGAGCCAAAGAAAUUUGAAAAGGAAGGCCUAUGACAGGAUCAUCCACGGGGACCUUUUUGGUAGCAGUGACAAGACCAUCAACAACAGAAGGCUGGCUGAGGUCCCUGCGCUUUUGCAGGGGUGUUUUGCCAGCAUACCCCAAGGAGACCAUCUUGGGGUCGAGUUUGCAGUUGACAGUCACAGGGGCUUGCUGAAAUCAGUUGGGCUUUUGAAAGACAGUGAUGAGCUGCGCGCAGAUAGGUUCUUCAAGGGUGAUAGAUUGGUUUCAGGGCUUGUCAUUGACGAUUUCUAUACGGUUUCUAUUGAGCCUGCGCCGCUUGAUGCUCGGGCGGAGGACAUCCCUUGGCAAACAGUUGCAGGAACGGAGAUGGCCACCGCUUUGGCGGCUUAUGAGCGGCAAGGCAUUUUGGGAUCCCCUGAGAAAGACAUUGCAGAUGCGUCGAAGGCCAAGAUCACUGGAGCAGAGCUGGACACCUCCCUUCGGGUGAGGAGUCUAGGCUUGGCCACUUUGGCCUCUCCAGCAAACAAGCGCUUGGCUUUGGCGUUUGUGUCACUGCAUUUGUCCAGAUUGAGGUGGACGACGGAUCAGCUACAUCUUUGUUUGAUUGGGGGCUGGGUGCACUCUUUACUAUACCGUAGACCCAUGAUGUCAAUUUUGGCUGACAGUUUUGGUUUGGUUGAGAACGCUGCGGUGGAUUCAGAUGCCCCUGUUUUGCUUCAUCUCCCCAGAGCUGUAGCCCAAGAGCUGGUUUUGUUGUCCUCUCUCAUCCCUUUCAUGGUCACGGAUUUGGCGGCGAAGCUUUCCUCCACUAUUUACGCAACUGAUGCUUCGGAUGCAAAGGGGGCCUAUGUUGAAGCUGAGGUUCCAGAAGCCAUGGCCAGGGCCCUUUGGAGGUCCGGUAGAAAGAAGGGAGGCUAUGUGAGGCUUCUAUCCAGAUCCAGAGCCUUGCUACGAAAGCUGGACCCUGCGUUUGAAGAGACGGCGGAGUUGGAGGAGUCAGAUGCAGGAUCAGUUGAAAGACCUCUAGGCAUGCGUUUUCAUUUUCUUGAGAUUUGUGGCGGAGCUGGGAAAAUAGCGGCUUCCCUCAGUGGGAAAGGCUGGACAGUUGGCCCAGUCAUUGACCUUGACAGGUCAUUGAGUCUGAUCAAGAAAGGCAGUGAGAUGAAAUGCCCAGGGCUUCUUGAGCAGCCUAGAAGAACGAAGAUGAGGCGGCUAUCAGAAUGGCAGUAUUUGCUUAAUGCACUUUUGGCUGAGGAGAUUUGGACGGCAGGUUGCAUGUUUGGAAGUCCUCACAACAAGGAGUUUGUGUUUUUGAUUUGCAAUAUGGAGGCAGAAUUCUUGCACAGGAAGUGUGACAGAUCCCAUCAGCAUGUGCGCAUUGGAGGUCAGUUUGCAAAGCUUUCGGCUGUAUACACAGAUGAGCUGGCCUCAUGCAUUGGCCUAGCUUUUGAUCGCGCUCUUCGACAGAAGUUGAGGCUUGAACGCAUUCAUGACCCCAAGGUGUCAGGCCUCGAGAACCCUUUGUGCAAUGAAGCUUUGUUGAGUUCAAGGUGGAAGGUUGGUGCUGUUUGGAAGUGGCCUAGACCUUUGCACAUCAAUAUCCUUGAGACCCGGGUUGUUCAGACCCUACUCAAGCGCCUUGCUUUGGAAUCCCCCUGCUCCCGUCAAGUCAUUGGCAUGGACUCCAACGUUGGACUUUCAGCCUUGGUGAAGGGUCGAUCUCCGUCAUAUGGCUUGAGACCCUGCGUCAGGAGGAUUGGGGCGACAGUUGUUGCUGGUUGCCUUUACCCUGCGUACCAGUUUGCACCAACAAGAUUGAAUCCCGCCGACCAUCCAACCCGAGACAAUGAGAUCCCGGAGCCUUUGGAAUCUUUUUGGACUUCCCAACCCCUCAAAAACCUCUUGGAUUUUGCAGAGGUAGGUUCUUUGUCUCGGGCGGCAGCCAACUGGAUUCGGCUCUUCUCUGUCCUUCAGAAACGACCUCCUCCUUGGCUGGGGUCUGAAGAGUGCUGGAGAUACGAACGAUAUGCCUUCAAGCACUACCCCUUUCACCUGCAGGUCCCCACGGUCUUUUCCAGCUAUGCUCCCUUGGACUUUGAUCAAACCCUUGGUUUUCCAGGUGAGGGCCCUCCUUGGAUUUUUGGAAUCAUGUCAUUUUCUGAUCCCCCUUCUGCGCUCUUCCAUGUCCUUCCUGGCAUUGCAUUGACUUGGAUUUCUAGCAUUGCCUCUCCACAACUCUUGGCCAGCUUUCUCUGCCUCUGGAUUUUUGCUUGCUUCUUCAUCUUGUCUGUCCGCCAGGUCUCUUCUCGGGGGAGGGGUGCUUUUGGACUUUUUGCUGCUGCGCUUUGGAUUGCUGCCGCGGAGGGAGUGAGCCAUGGCCCACCAUUGAUCCCACGAGAUUCUGGCGACAGGGUGCGAGCUGCAAAUAGAGGCGCGCUGGAACUGCCAGAAGGCAGACCUGUUCUAGGAAAGACGCAAGCUUACAGAGAGAAGUUGCUGGCAGCUUUUGAUGAGUGGUUGAAUCAGGACGGCAUGACUCUCAGUGCAUUGAUAGGUGUGGGGGAACCUGAUAUUGAACUGAUAAAUCUGCAGCUGGAGCGCUACGGUAGGUCCUUGUACCUUGCUGGGAGGCCCUAUGGCCACUACAGUGAAACAAUCAAUGGAGUAGCCAGUCGGAGGCCGAGGAUCAAACGUAUGUUGCAGCCAGCAUGGGAUUUGGCCUACUCCUGGCUUCGACAAGAACCACCUACGCACCACCUUGCAUUGCCAUGGCAGGCGCUUUUGAGUUUGCUGGUAACCGCAUUGUAUUGGGGGUGGAUCAGAGAAGCGGGAAUUUUGGCCCUUUCUUGGGGCGGCCUGACAAGGAUCGGAGAAGCCAUCUCCGCUGUCAGGCGCCAGCUGGUUUUGCCACGUGACGUUGAGUUCACAGCGAGCCACGCUCUUCUGCAGAUUGAUGAACCAAAAACACGUUUCCGGACUGCACGUCACCAGGUUGCGAAACUGGACCAACCACAGCUUUUGGCAUUGGUAGAUUUGGCUUUUCAUCGCCUCAGUCCAGGCAAUGUAAAGAAGCAGAUUACGGAUGGCGCAGCCAUUUUCCCAUGGAUCCUUGCACAGGCACAGAUUCUAGAUAGGAACGCUGAUCUGUUUGCCGGGGUGGCUGGAUCGACCCAGAUCAGCAGGGUCGGGGGUCCCAUGGUGGUCGGCCUGCUGACACCUCAGCGGAAUGCCAUGACCCUGGCAGCCAAGGAGCGGCGAUGUCCACUCCACUUUUUUUGGACUCUACCGCCAGGUCUUACAAGACGGCUUCCUCAAAGCUUUCAGGGGCGGCUCAAGGCAUCUCCCCAUUCCAUCGCAAUGGACCGCUUCUCCUUGUCCCCCGGCGCCGCGCCGGCGCCGCGGAGCUAUGUCUUGGUGGUGUCGGGCACAUUCAACCCACCCCACCGGGGCCAUCUCCGUUUGGGACUCUUCGGGAAAGAACGACUGGAGCGCCUGGGGCACCAGGUGGAGGUUUUCUAUCCCAUGGCCAAGCGCUGCGCCUUUCUGCGCACCUUGCUGAAGGAAACGGCCGAGGCGGAGGCCCAGGCCUACUGCCACGUGCUGGACUACGAAGAGCAGCACGAAGAUUUGUUGGAGUUUUCGCCCAACUACUGGGCGAAGAAGUUGCCGGAAGGCUACCUCCGCACCGUGCCCACCGCCUCGUUGUUGAAGCACUUUGCGAAGCACUCGCCGCUGCUGGGACCCAGGAAGCGCCUGGGGGCCGUCUUCGGGGUGGAUAACCUGGCAGGCAUGUCUUCCUGGAACUCCCCUGGAGAGCUACUGAAGCACACCGACCUCAUUCUGGUGGCUCGGGAAAUGCAAGAGGUCGUGAUCUCGCAGGAUCCACAGGAGAUGUUGGCUGCGCUGAAGCAUUUCUGCCUGGAGGAGCGGGUGAGCGUAAAGUAUCGUGAUCAGGAACUGCUACCCGCAGACUUGGGAAACUUUGAGAACACGAAAAGUUCGGGCAAUGCAAUGCUGUUGCUUCUACCCGCCUUAAAAGGCGACGACGAACACCUCAGCAGCACCUGCCUGCGCCGAAGCAUGAUGGAACUGCUCAAGAAUAUGAAGCUGCACGGCUGUUGCGAGGAGCUGAUGUACAGCAUGCUGCGCAGCACCCUGCAGAGCCCUGGCGCCUUGUCCGAGAGCCACCAGGCCGCCCGGCGCCGGGGCGAGUUCGUGGAGCUUUCGGCGCCAAGUGCCAAGCGCCCCAGGACCGAAGUGGCGGCCUAG